AUGCAGCGACGCUCGUCCGCACGCCUGGCGGAGGCAUCACUGCAGAUGGUGGACGUCACGGGCGCCGCUGCGUCAGUGGCGGGACCUGCACCGCUGCCGGGCCUCGGCGCGUCGCUCCUCAACAUGCCGCUUCAGGAGCAGCUCAAGCUGAUGCAGCAGGGCGGCGCGCUGCCUGUCGCCGCGCCGCUGGUCCUCAAUGGCGCAGCGGGCGGUGUCGCGGGCGGCUCUCCGCCCAGCCCGUCGGGCGCCGCAGGGCGCAAGAAGCCGCAGCGCGGCAGCGUAGCACGGCCCAGCGCGCGCGAGCCCACCAAGGGCACCACCAGCUCCUCCAACCGCCCCCUGAGCUCUAAGUUCCGCGGCGUCUGCUGGAACCGCAAGAACAAGCGCUGGCAGGCGGCCAUCAACAGUGGCGGCAAGUAUCUGUACCUUGGCUCAUACAUUGAGGAGGACGAGGCCGCCAUGGCCUUUGACCGCGCCGCCAUCAAGCUGCGCGGCCGCAAGGGCAAGCUCAACUUCACAUACGAAGACUAUGUUGACAGCCAGGGCAACCUGAAGGAGGAUAUACACCUGCCAGACAGCGCCAAGGACGGCGCCCCCAAAGACGGCGGCGCGUCCAAGGCCGGCGCCGCCGCCAAGCGCGGCAAGGGCGGCAGGGGCGGUGCCGGCGGCGGCGCUGACGCGGGCGGCGUGGGCGGGGCCGGCGUCGGCGUCGGCGUCGGGGUGCCCGUGACCAGCGCGCCGCUGUCGGGCGGCGGCAUCUUCUCGUCGGGCCUGAGCAGCCUGUCCAUGGAGGAUGUGAAGCGGCUGCUAUCUGGCAACAGCGGCGCCGCGCCGCCGCCGCUGAUGGGCGCCGGCGCCCCCGACCGCGGCGUUACCACUGGCUUUCAGCAGCAGCAGCCGCAGCAGCUGGACGGCGCGGCGGGCGGCCACCCCGGCUGGGGGGCGGUGCUGCAGUCGUUCCGGCCCAUCAUAGAGGCCGAGUUGGGGGAGGGCCGCGCCAUACAGCAGCUGGUGGAGCCGCAGCAUGCGGGCGGCGGCGGCGGCAACGGCAGCAACGGCGGCGGCGGCGCAGGCGCGAGCCUGAUCAAGGGUGUGGUGUACAGCCAGGCGGCGGGCGGCGGCCUGGCGUACGGCGCAGCGCUGUGGGACGGCGCGCGGCUGGUGGACCACGGCACCAAGCCCAACCUGGAGUCUGCCCUGGAGACGGCCACCAGCCUGGCGGCGGGCGAGGAGGACCUGCAGGGCGACGCCGCGCUGAGAGACCUGCUGGGGGGGCCAUCGGCACUCGUGCCGCGCGCGACCAGCCUGGCGCUGUUCCAGGCUCUCGGCAGCCUGCGCGCCGGGGACCUGCCCAGCCUCGACCUGGGGGACCUGCCCAUUGAGGCACCCAACACCACCACAACCGCCGCCGCCGCCGCGGCCGCCAUGUCCGAGGCGGGCGCGUCGGCCUGCGACCCGCCGGGCACCGGCGGCAAGCGCACGCGCGGCGGCGGCGGCAUGGGCGGGAAGGGCGGGAAGCGCGCGCGGCGCGGCCAGGGGGACGAGGACGAUGUGGCGGAGCAGCAGCAGCAGCAGCAGCAGCAGCAGCAGCAGCAGCAGCAGCUCGAGCAGCAGCAGCAGCAGUUUGCGAGCACGGCUGGCCUGGCCAAGACGGGGCUGGCGGAUAUGCUGAAGAACCUCGCCGGCAUGCAGCAGGUGGCACAGUGA